GUGGUUCGUCAAUCAGUGAUGCGGUUGAAUGCCGAAUGGUUGUUCGUUCUCGUAUCGUUUGUUGAAUUCUGCGCUGAUAAAAAAAAAUAAUAAUAAUAAUCUAAUAUCAUAAAAACAACUUUCGACGGUCACUCGUCAGUCGUCACUGCCCACUGGUCACUAUUACUGUAACACGGCAAGACGCUAACGAGUGGUGUGUUUGCGGCGUGCGGCUGUCGAUCGCGUAUGUAGCUUUGCCUGAAUCUAGUCACAUUCGCCUACAAAUAAUUACUGUUGAUUAUUAAAUAUAUAAAAUUAUUACUGCGUUAAUCGAAUAAUCCGACGUCCGACCUACUUAUUAUAACUUACUAAUAUUAUUAUACAUCCACACACUAUGGCCGAUGAAGACGCGCCACACGCCAAUGGCAACGGACACGAAGAAAAUGGUCAUGUACCGGAAAUUGAGCUCAUCAUUAAGGCUUCAACAAUUGACGGUCGACGGAAAGGAGCAUGUCUAUUUUGCCAAGAAUAUUUCAUGGAUCUAUAUCUACUUGCCGAGCUAAAAACCAUCAGUCUUAAAGUCACUACAGUAGAUAUGCAAAAACCUCCUCCCGAUUUCAGGAGUAACUUUGAUGCAAAUCCUCCACCGAUUUUAAUAGACAAUGGAAUGGCUGUUUUGGAAAAUGAAAAAAUCGAAAGACAUAUCAUGAAGAACGUGCCAGGUGGAUACAAUCUAUUUGUGCAGGAUAAAGAAGUGGCCACGUUGAUUGAAAACUUAUACAGUAAGCUGAAGCUGAUGUUAUUAAAAAAAGACGACGUAAGCAUAAAUAGUCUGUUGUCUCACUUGCGUAAGAUAAAUUUGCAUUUAGAGAAGAAGAACACGCGGUUUUUGACUGGUGACACAAUGUGCUGUUUUGACUGUGAAUUGAUGCCCCGUUUACAACACAUCAGAGUAGCUGGUAAAUACUUUAUGGACUUUCAAAUGCCGACCGAUCUGAGGUACCUGUGGCGUUACAUGCUACACAUGUACCAGCUGGACGCGUUCACCCAAAGCUGUCCGGCCGACCAAGACAUCGUCAACCAUUACAAACAACAGCAGAAUCUCAUGUUACAGAAUGUCAAGAUGAAGAAACACGAGGAACUGGAGACGCCAACGUUCACCACGUCCAUACCGGUGGAUCUCGAUUUGCAGCAAGACGAAUAGAGUGGCUAAAGGUAUGGUAGUACCGUACAUGCGAUAAUACCAUCGCCUACCAAUCUAUGUACGGCCAUAUAUAUAUAUUAUAUUCAGUGAUGUAACACGACGAUUCUCCAUCCUCGUCAUCCGCAGCUGCAGUACCUACACAAUAUAUUACACGAAUAAAUACGCAUAUUACAGAAUGUCACGAUGACAUCACCGCGUGCAUUACAGACAACAACUUUUCCAUAUAAUAUUAGGUGUAUAAUGUGUAUAAUGUGUGUGUACAUAUGUACAGAGUGAACUGCAGCUGCAGUACCUAUAAUAAUAUUAUCAGUAGGUACAUAUUAUAAUAUAUCCGCGAUUUAUUUCUUCUUUCGGUUUUAAUUUUUUUCUUAUUUUCUAAUCUAUAUACAAUAUUACGAAAUACUAUAACCCUUAUGUACUCUUCUUGUUAAUUUAUUUGUAAUAAUAUAUAUUUAUAUAUUAUAUUUUGUAUUAUGUAUUGUACUAUUUUUAUUAAUAUUAUACAACUAAACCGAGUUAUAACUUGAGUUAUUAUAUUAUGUAUCAUUGUAUUAACCAACUAUUUAUAAUAUAAUAUAUCAUAAUAUACGUACAUUUAUACAUUUAAUAUUAUUAUUGUCAUGUCUAUAUACAUAAAAAUAUUAUGUAAAUUUCCAUUAAAGUAUGUAUAAUAUAAUAUACACUUCAAUUUAAUUAUUAUGUAAAAAAUUAUAUUAAAUAUUGUCUAUAGUGCCUUGAGAUUAUUCUAGUUAUAAUAUUUAAUAUUCAAAGUUGUAUUUAGUAUUAUUUUUCGAUCUACUGUAAUAAACUUAAUAUUUAUUUAAA